CGGGGCUCCGAGGGUUUGGGUGUUCUCGGCGUGCAGGCAGCCGGGACUGAUGGCGCGCGGUUGGGCCGGCUUCUCUGAGGAGGAGCUGAGGCGACUGAAGCAGACGAAAGGUUUUGACAGUUAUGAAUAAAGCUUCUAUAAACAUCCAUGUUCAGGUUUUUGUGUGGACAUUAGUUUUCAUCUCCUUUGACUUGAUACUAAGGAUCAUGACUGCUGGAUUGUAUGAUCCUUUUGAACCACAGCGGCGUCUGCCUGUGAAGAAAAGUCGACAACAACUUCAGCGAGAAAAAGCCCUUCAAGAGCAAAGUCAAAAACUUGGACUUCAAGAUGGGUCAACCUCAUUACCUCCAGGGCAGCUGCUUUCUGCACCAAAACAAAGAUUUAACACUCAAAAACCACAUUCUUUGCCCCCUGCUCCCCUUACACUCUCCUCUCCUGUUGGUGAUGGAAAACCACAGGGUACUGAAAGUCAACCAAGGGAACUGGGACUUGAGAAUUCCCAUGAUGGUCACAAAAAUGCUGAGGUUCUGCCUCCAAAAUCAGAUUGCAAGUUGGAAAAAAAGAAAGUGGAAUUGCAAGAAAAAUCUCGUUGGGAAGUCCUCCAGCAAGAACAGCGGCUGAUGGAAGAGAAAAAUAAACGUAAGAAAGCUCUUUUGGCUAAAGCUAUUGCGGAAAGAUCUAAACGAACUCAGGCAGAGACCAUGAAACUAAAGAGGAUCCAGAAGGAGUUACAGGCUUUAGAUGACAUGGUGUCAGCAGACAUUGGAAUCCUCAGGAACCGGAUUGAUCAGGCCAGCCUUGACUAUUCAUAUGCUCAGAAGCGGUUUGACAGGGCUGAGGCAGAGUACGUUACGGCAAAGCUGGAUCUGCAGCGCAAGACUGAGCUCAAAGAGCAGCUCACUGAGCACCUCUGUACCAUCAUACAGCAGAACGAGCUCCGCAAGGCCAGGAAGCUGGAGGAGCUGAUGCAGCAGCUGGACGUGCAGGCUGAUGACGAGUCUCCGGAGCUCGAGGUGGAGGUGGAGAGAUUGCUGCGUGAACAGGAAGCAGAAGCAGGGAAACAGGUGGUUCGCUCGGAGAGACCAUCUCAGCCUUGCGGGGAGCGUGGGACAUUAGGGUUUGCUGAAGAGAACAAAAAACAUCAAGAGCAAGCUGCUUCCCAAAAGGGUGAUGAACAGUGCGAAAACACGAAUAGCAUUCCCCUUCAAAAUCCAGCGCAGCCAGAUCAAGACGUUGAAACGACUGUAACAGACAUUUCAGCUUCUCUGACCACGUGAUGUGCCAGUGUUUGUUCUUCAUGACUGCCGUGGCACUCGGUAACCUUUCUGUUAACUAUUCUAUGACCUCUGAUAGAUAAAUGCCUCUUUAAAAGUAUAUUAAUUUUUGAAGCCAUGAUUAGUUAGGAUAACGUGUUUGACUAUUCUAAAAUCUCAGAUUAUGGUAAUUUUUUAAUAUAGGGGCAUAGUUCACCUUGAUUUGGGUCCAGUUCCUUCAUUGUACUCUUAUUACUGGGUGAAAACAAGUGAUUUAAAGGGAUGGAAGGAAGACUACAUGGUUAAGAGUGUUUUUAGGCCAGGUAAAUACAGAAAAGUAAAGUGAAAAGUGAUUCUCAAUACCUAAUUGAACUCUUAACUUCUGAAAGAAAUGUUGAGCAUGAAAGUCCUGUUUUAUGUAAUCAGUAAAGAGAUACAAAAACUAACAUGUGAAACAGAGAGAGUGAGACACAACUAACAAAGGUGAUGGGUUACAUUAUCCAUCCAGAUUUUACUACAGUUGUAAAAUAACUGGGAAAUUGUAAUUUACAGGAAGAACCAGACCACUUAAGCCAGCAUCAUUUUUGUUUUCAGUUUUCCUUUGGAAUAGCUUUAGUUCACAACCUGAGUUUUGGCUGGUUGAUACACAUGUGCACACAGACACAAACACACAUACAUAUGUCAUUUCAGUGUUAAUAUAUAUUGUCUUUAAUCAGCAUGUUGAUUCAGUUUAGACAAUGAAAACAUUUCUAGUGAGACUGAAAAGAAUAUAGAGAAUCUUAUUGCUACUUUUGGUUAUUUUAAAAAAAUGACAUAUUUUCUUUCUAAAGUCACCUGUAAAUGUGUUUUAUGUUGAAUAUAAAUUAUCCUGUCAUAAAACAUUUAAAUUGUUAAAAUGGUGGUUUUCUUAUUCGGUAGUUCGUUCAUUUCCAUCACUAAUGCUUGACCACACUACAUUGUGCUAUAAGUGACUGUGUAAAUAGAUACUGUAGUUUCAUCACAAAAUCUAUGAAUAUCACAUUAAAUUAUGAUCUGCUUAUCAGAAAUUCCAAAAGUACAAACACUACAUUUUAAGUCUUAAAGAACUAUUAUAAAAGAAGAGAAGGACAAAUGUAACAUUGUAUCCAUAAUAAUUCUGAAAAAGUUGGGGACAUCGUAUUCUUAAGUGAAUUUGUUUGAGGGUGUUAUCUUCUAGUAAUGCGGAUGAGCUUCGUAUUUUUCUAUUACGAACUUUGAGUUGAAAUUUCAUUGUCCAAUAUGCUCUUAUUUUUCUAAGGAAUAAACGAGUCUAAUGCA